AUGAACUCAGAACCACUAGUCUCUUCGGAACAAACAACAACACUGACAGCUGAUGAUGAGAACAUGUCAAAGCGAAAACGUCGUAAAUUAGAGAAAUACUUGAAAAGUAAAGAGGCAAGACGUGAUGCAAGAAAAGCACAAAAACAACGUCGUAAAAUGCGACAAAAUUUAUUAAAACAAAAUAUUCAAUCUUCUCAAGCUGCUGGUGACACUGAUGCUCAUGAUAAUAACAAUGGUAACUCAGUAAAGGAUUCGUCAAAUACUACUGUUGAAUGUACUGUUUCACAAAAACCUAUACAACAACAGCAUCUUGUCAUUGAUUGUGCUUAUGAUCAUUUGAUGUCAUUCAAGGAUAUCUGUAAAUUAGCUCAACAGGUUACUAAAUGUUAUUCUAUUAAUCGACGUGCAGAACAUCCAGUCCAGUUGUAUAUCACUGGAUUAGGCCCUCUGGACAAAGUCAAAACAAUAUUAUCACGGAUAAUCAUAACAGUCAUAGAUAUAUCAAAAUGUGGCUCUGUCCGACUGCUUGAUAAACUGAAGUUAUGCGAUUGUGACAAUUGGGAUGUCAAUUUGUGUGAGGAAAAUUUCCAGUCUAUGUUUUCAGCCAAUGAAAUUGUUUAUUUAUGCGCAGAAUCAGAAUAUAUUCUUCCAGAUCAUUUUGAAAGCAUAUCAACAUCAUCAGCAGCAGAAGAUCCCGCCAUUGAUGUCACUGACAAGCAGGACAAUCCAGUGAAAUUCUCUAUCAAUGAUGUUUAUGUCAUCGGUGGAUUAAUUGAUCAUAACAGUUUGAAGGGAUAUUGUUAUCAACAAGCCUGUAGACAAGGUUAUCGAACAGCCAGGCUACCAUUGAAAGAGAUCGACCUACAUAUAGAAGGUCGACAUGUUCUAUCGACUGUACAUGUUUUUCAAGCUUUGUGUCCAGUUCUAUCUGGCACGAAAACAUGGUUAGAAAGUUUGAAAUUAGCUAUACCGCCAAGGAAAUUAACAGUGACGCAUAAAUGA